UUGCAUCAAUCUCCGGUAUAUGCGCUGAUCAUACCGGAGAAGUUUUGGUAUAUCUCAUUACGUGCAACGACUUCCUAUCUCCUGAGCGUCUUGCCUUGCCUUGCUUUCCCUCUCCCUAGCUCGGAUGGUUGCAACACACUCUCUCCUUCAAGUUCUCCUUGGUCUCUCUUUUCUGGUUCCUCGUCUCCUUGCGCAAGACCAUAUACAAUGCAUUGAUAGCGGAUCAGACUGGUAUACGAGUGUCGUGGGGGAGACGCCGUGUCGAACAUAUGAACGGCUACGCCAAAUAUGCAACAGCAAUUAUGUCUUGGGUGCCUUGAGUCCUAAUACUCCUCCGGAUACAUGUAACGACCAACUCGCCGACUGUUGUUGCAACUCAAUCGCAUUCGGACUUAGUAUGUUGUGUCUCACAUGUCAGCGAGGAAUAGGGCCCAAUGGCAACGGUAUCGAUGCCGGCAUCGGCGCAUAUCAACAAUAUCUUAAGCAUGGCUCAAACUCGUUUUGCACCCCCAAUACUAACAAAUCAUUUACGAAUGACAUACAGUCGGCGGUAUGCAAUAAUGGACUGAAGAUCCACAACAGCUUCUAUGACGCAAUAUUUUGGGCCAAUGGACCGUGGUUCUAUACGUGGUCCCGCGAACAGAUGGAAAAGGUUAAUGCUGCUGACGGGAAUAAUUCGUUCACGCAUUGCGCAUCGACAACCGUGGUUAUAACUAGUAGUUCGCAGUCUCAGCCGAUGUCGCUUUCAGAAUCGACCCCGCUUUCUCAGUCGACAAUGCCUUCCCAGCUGACGUUGUUUUCCCAGUCAACGUUUCUUUCCCAAUCGACAAUGCUUUCCCAAGCGGCGUUACUUUCUCAGUCGACGUUUCUUUCCCAGUCCACAUCGCAUUCCCAGUCCACGUCGAUUUCCCGGUCCACAUUGCUUUCCCAGUCCAUGUCGCCUCCCCUGUCGAGCACGUCAUCGACCACUGAUUCCACUACCGCGAGCGUCACUUCAGCUUCUACCUUUACACAGAGAGAAAGUCCAUCAAAAUCUCUCAAUGCGGGCGCCAUAGCCGGGAUCGUGGUAGGGUGUAUCGCAGGAGCAGGAGCAAUCACGCUGUUCCUCUUCUGGUGGCUGUCGUUCCGCCGACGACAAGCUGCUAUCGAAGACUCGGAAACGUCGGCCCGUCCCUUCCUCGUCGGUCACGCACCAUCCAUGUACAACAGUCCUUCCGCCACUGAGCCUUUGCUCCAAAUCGGAAGCCCAUUGCUCACGAGUGGGUCGGCAGAGAGACGGUUCGAAGAGAAAAGACAGAGGGAGCUACCACCUGCUUAUUCGGGGUAGACAUGACCUCAGGCCUGAGAGUACAUGAGGGGUGACUUCGUUGCGCCUGGUGAGCCUGGGACGAGUGGGAAUAGCGUACGAGGGAAGGAUGAUGGAU